CCGACUGAGCUGUCAGUCCUGUCUGUGAUAUCAGUCCACAACGUUGGGCAUCAGGGCAUCACGAUCCGCAUAUCUAGAUCCCGGAGGGAUUUUGUGUAGCUGCAUCGGCCAGCACCUCAGCCUCAGCCCUACCCGUCUACCCGUCGAGACGACAGCCAAUCCAUUCGAUGCUGUUGGAGUAGCCGCCUCAUUCUUUUUCUUGCGUUGCGAAGUCGACAAUUGGGCAACACCGCUUCCCGCGCUACUUUCCGUUUCUGACACCUUUCGCUUGGACUUCCCGAAGUUUUCAGGGCCCCAAGAUGUACUAUAUGCUUUACCUAGCAAGCCUCUGUCGCCGCCGACGCUGGCCAGAACCCACCUACGAAGCCUACGCCACAACAUCAGGCUACACAUGCGUUGUUCGCGUACACAACCGCGAGUAUCAAACAGACGUCACCUACGAAUCAGAGGUCCUCGCCCGCGAAAGCGCCGCUAUGCGCGCGUACCUGAUUUGCCGCAAUUUCUCCGUCAACGACGGUAUGUACCCGGCCGGUCAUGACCACGGCGGCGUCGUGCAGGGAAUCCCUGUUGCCAUCGGUACGGGACGCAAGUCCAGCCGUGAUGAUGACACGGAUACCUCUGUCAGCAGCAGUGGGGGGAGUUGGAGUGGUGGGAGUAGUCCGGAGCGGAUGAUGAGGGCGGAGCAUGGGGGUGAUUAGAUUUGCGUUCCGGCGUCUGAGAGACAGACGGAUUAUGCUUGACGGGGAUUUGAUGAGCGGAGGAUGCGCUGCAAAUGGCUGGCAUAUCUGCUAGAUCUGUGUAUGGAAGCCUUGGGAAUUGCAGUUUUCUUUUUUUACAACUGCGAAGGAGGAUUGAUGGUGAUUGGGGGACUUAACGAUGACACGACUUAUGACGAUGGCUUUUUGCAUGCUCUGCAUUGUUCGUUGAAGCAUGAAUUACUGCGUUUCAUAGAUGGAAAAAUUAUUGCUG